AUGACAUUUGAGAAUCUGGGUAAACCUACUGACGUGUCCCCUAAGGUGUUUGCAGUGGCUGCUGCUGUGAACUUAGAACUUGAUCCCAUUUUUUUGAAGGCACUAGGCUUCUUACAUUCAAAGAGUAAAGAUUCUGUGGAAAAGCUAAAAGCACUGCUUGAUGAGUCUUUGGCUCGGGGCAUUGAUUCAAGUUAUCGUCCAACUCAGAAGGAUGUGGAACAACCCAAAAUUUCAAGUGUAAAAUCUAUUUCUAUUAAACAAGAACCCAAAACAUCAGCUGGUCUUCCUUCUGGCAAUAAUAAUGGCAAAGUCCUCACAACUGAAAAGAUAAAGAAGGAAGCUGAGAAGAGACCUGCUGAUAAACUGAAAUUAGAAGUCACUGAAGGAGUUGAUAUUCCAAAGAAACCAAGAUUGGAGAAACCUGAGACACGAUCCUCUCCCAUUACUGUCCAAACCAGCAAGGAUCUAGCUAUGGCUGACCUUUCCAGUUUUGAAGAGACAAGUGCUGAUGAUUUUGCCAUGGAGAUGGGAUUGGCUUGUGUUGUUUGUAGGCAAAUGACGGUGGCAUCUGGUAAUCAAUUAGUAGAAUGUCAGGAGUGCCAUAAUCUCUACCACCAAGAAUGCCAUAAACCCCAAGUGACAGACAAGGAAGUGAAUGAUCCUCGCCUGGUGUGGUAUUGUGUGCGAUGUACCAGACAAAUGAAAAGAAUGGCUCAAAAAACUCAAAAACCACCACAGAAACCAGCCCCUACCGUUGUUUCAGUAGUUCCAGCUAUCAAGGAUCCGUUAGUUAAGAAACCAGAAACUAAACUCAAACAAGAGACUACUUUCCUAGCAUUCAAAAGAACAGAAGUCAAGACAUCCACAGUUAUUUCAGGAAAUUCUUCUAGUAACAAUGUUUCCUCUUCAGUAACUAGUGGCCUAACUGGGUGGGCAGCUUUUGCAGCCAAAACUUCCUCUGCUGGUCCAUCAACAGCUAAAUUGAGUUCAACAGCACAAAAUAAUAGUGGGAAACCUACUACCUCAUCAGCUACCCAGAAGCCUGUGGGUUUGACUAGUCUGGCAACAUCAACCAAAGGUGGAAUUAGUUCCAAAAUAGGUUCCGGUACCAGCACCUCUCCCACUGUACCACUGAAGCCACUUCCACCUCUAACCCUGGGGAAAACAGGCCUUAGUCGCUCAGUUAGUUGUGACAAUGUCAGCAAAGUAGGUCUUCCAAGUCCCAGUAGUUUGGUUCCAGGAAAUAGCAGCCAACUGAGUGGGAAUGGAAAUAGUGCUACCUCAGGGCCCAGUGGAAGUGCCACCAGCAAAACCACUUCAGAAUCCAGCAGCACUCCCUCAGCAUCUCUCAAAGGUCCAACUUCACAAGAGUCACAGCUUAAUGCUAUGAAGCGAUUGCAGAUGGUCAAGAAGAAAGCUGCCCAGAAGAAAUUCAAGAAGUGA